AACUCUCAGCCUUGCGUCGUCAUAUCAAUUUGCUACUCCUACGUGUUCUCUGGAGCUUGUUCUCACACAAACUCACCCGAUGAGGAAUUGAAAACUCUAGGAUUCGCUCAAAAAAAAUCCGUAUCUCACUUUCUCUUCUAGAGGCUUGUGAGAAACACUUUUUAACGUCAGUAUGGUGAAAAUUGCCCAUUGGGUGUCGGCGGCGACACUCGCUCUGGGCGUCUCAGCCGCAGACGAUGCAUCUUCUGUGCUGACGACAGAAAUCGGCCGUCAAAACAACCAGAGCCUCUUUUGGGGACCCUACAAGUCCAAUCUGUACUUUGGCGUGCGACCACGAACACCAGAUGGUCUAUGGACAGGGCUCAUGUGGGGGAAGGUUGACAACUACCAUGAUAUUCAGAAUGGUUUCAGAUAUACCUGCGAGCAGGGAGAAGAUAUGCAUGGCUACGGAUGGGAUGAGUAUGAUGCCCGCAUAGGCGGUGUGCAGUCAAUUCACGACAAGGGCAACAACAUCGACCUGACGACUACUUUUGUGAAGAUCCCCGGUGGAAAUCAUGGUGGCAGCUGGGCUGCCCGAAUCAGGGGCGAGCUGCGAGACGGCGCGCCCAAAAACACCAGGACUAUGCUAUUCUAUUAUAUCGCCCAGGAUGGUGAUGGCGAACUUGCUGUUGAAGGUGAGGGUACCAAGUAUGGUUUCAAAGACGACGUUACUCUUAAGGGCAGUUCAAAGGCGCUAGGAGACUACAAGCUUCUCAUCACAAAGGGUACCGGAGAGCACCCUUCAACAGAUCACAAGUUUCUGGAAGAUCGACAUGGCGACACAACCAUCGUCUCGAGUACUGAGGUCCCAGCCGACCUUACCUGGCAGGGCAAGCCCGUUGUCUUCAAGCAACUUCAAGAUGCCGUUUCGCCCGUGCAGCAGAAUGCUGACCAGGCGGACCCGCCUCCACCGUGGCAGGUGUACCGUAUUGCCCAUGCGCCUGGAAAAGGCAACGUCCAUAUAGUCGAGAAGACCUUCGAGGGACGGUUCGAGUUCGAUGUCAUCUUUUCAUCCGAAUCUGGAGGCAAGGAGUUUACUUCUGAGGAGGUUACUGAACAGAUCGAGAAGACUUCAGAAAUCUUCAACGAGCGUUUCACCAACACCUUCAAGCUCAAGGAGCCUUUCACACAGGAGAAGUACAAGAAAUUCGGCAAGAGCAUGCUGUCAAACCUUAUUGGCGGCAUAGGGUACUUCCAUGGUCACCAGCUAAUUGAUCGAUCGUAUGCGCCUGAGUAUGAGGAGCAGAACGACGGGUUCUGGGAGGAGGCCGCGCAAGCCAAGGCACGCACACAGCCAGAACUCGAAGGCCCCUAUGAGCUUUUCACCAGUGUUCCUUCUCGCCCUUUCUUCCCCCGCGGCUUCCUGUGGGAUGAGGGAUUUCACCUGAUUCCCAUUGCCGACUGGGAUAUUGACCUCACACUUGAGAUUGUCAAGAGCUGGUACAACACUAUGGACGAAGAUGGCUGGAUCGCGCGCGAACAGAUUCUAGGUCACGAGGCCCGGAGUAAGGUCCCCCCUGAGUUUCAAGUGCAAUUUCCGCAUUAUGCCAACCCCCCUACCCUCUUCCUUAUCAUCGAGGGCUUCAUGGAGCGUCUUCGCGCAUCAAACGGAACCAAGAGCGAGGCAAAGGAACGCAUUCUGGGGGCCGACCCUCUGCAAACCGCUCACCUCGACAAUAUUGAGCUCGGCGAGAACUAUCUUCGAAAGUUGUACCCCCUGUUGAGACAACAAUAUGACUGGUUCCGCAAAACUCAGCGAGGUGACAUCAAGAAUUAUGACCGUGAGGCAUACUCAACCAAGGAAGCAUACAGAUGGAGGGGCCGUACUGAGACUCACAUCCUCACCAGUGGCCUGGACGACUAUCCUCGACCCCAGCCCCCUUCGCCGGGCGAGCUGCACGUCGAUCUCAUGUCCUGGGUUGGGCUGAUGACAAAGUCGUUGAUGAACAUCGCAGACGCCCUCGGCAUGGCCGAAGAUGUGAAUGAGUAUAGGAAGAACUUGGACGGCAUCGAGCACAACCUCAAUGAUCUCCACUGGUCUGAUGAGGACGGUUGCUAUUGCGACGCAACGAUCGAUGAUUACGAGGAACACGCGCUCGUAUGCCACAAGGGCUACAUUUCCCUGUUCCCUUUCCUGGUCGGCCUGAUGAAGGCUGACGACCCCAAGCUGGGCAAGAUUCUUGAUCUGGUCGGUGACGAGGAGCACCUCUGGAGCCCCCACGGCAUUCGCAGCUUGAGUAAAAAGGAUGAGUUCUACGCCACGGGCGAGAACUACUGGCGCAGCCCGGUGUGGAUGCCUAUCAACUACCUGGCUUUGUCUCAACUACAGGUAGGGUUUCCCCCAGAUGUCCCCUUGGCGAAGUAGUACAAAGACUAACAUGUGCAUAUAGAACGUUGCUUCGCAGGAAGGCCCCUACAGGGGAAAAGCGAAAGAUCUGUUCACACGUCUCCGUAAGAACCUUGUUGACACCGUGUACAAGAGUUGGGAAGAAACAGGCUUCGCCUGGGAGCAGUACAACCCCGACACGGGUGCCGGCCAGCGAACACAGCACUUCACUGGAUGGACCAGUCUUGUUGUCAAGAUCAUGGCUAUGGAAGAUCCUAGUCAGGAGGCUCAUGCCAAGGACGAGCUGUGAAUGGGUCAGAAUAUAACAAGGCAAUGUAGGACUGCUUUGAAAAGGUGUUAUGUGUAUCCUGAUAUGCCAAUUGAAACAUACCGGCUAUUGGUUAAUGGUUAGUCACAGCCAAGACAUGCAUCGUAAAGCAAUCCCACGGCUCGUACCGCAUCCUCAAGCCAUGCAGGCUUUGUGAGGCUUGGGGGCUAUGAGGCUGGGAACAGGGGUCGAAACAUUCUACCAUAUUGGGCAAGUCAGGUACAGAGCCUCCAAACUCUGUUUUGGUGCUUCUGUGCGACGGAUGGCUGUGAUUUGAUGCCUGGUGCCUGGUGAUGGCUCAAUGGGUGCAGAUCGGUGACUGUGGUUUGUGUGCCAUACGGAUCGGCAGGCUGUCAACGUCUUAGUGGCGUCGGUGGAACUUAUUCAAAUGGCCGAAGGUUGUCGAUGAAGUCGAAAAAGAAAGGGUGCUUGUGUUUAGUCAACAUCAACGUCAGCGGGUUUCUAGCAAUGUCACGAUUCUUGCAUCGGUUACCAGUCAUAGUCUACCGGCUUGCUUCCGGGACGAGAGUAGCUGCCGAGACAUAAGCCGCAGAUCCGUAGAUGCAACCAUUCUUAGAAAUGCCCAGAAUUGCUUGAGUGCAUGAGGUUGAUAGAUUGUGUAUAGCUUCGACGUGAACAGGCUGCAACCUAUAUUGGUGGAACCCGAGCUUCCACGCCCAAGGGAACCCUCCGAUACACCGUAGCAGGCGUUGCAAUCCUUCCCGAGACAUGGCUCAGGGGAGUAAGCAGAAACAAAACAGCAGGCAAGGAUCUGGAAAGCUAUAUCCGUAAUGUCUCAGAGGUAGCCGAGACGGCAGAAACAUGGUUCAUGUCUUAGGUCUUAGGUAGAAACAGUAAUACAAGGGCCUGGUCUAGGUUGCAAGGCUG